GUUUCCCCACAUGUGUGUGUGUGAGACGGUCUGUGUCACAGGUAAACAGGCUCCCCGAGAAACUACUGCUCCGCUGCUACUUGGUUCCGGGAUACAAACAUGGCGUCCGUCGUGCUGAAGGUUGCAGGUGCAGGUCUUUCUGCAUGUUCUCGCCUCACGCUCCUGAGGGCACAUUCAACAACAGCAGCCCUCCGCCAGGGAGUACCUGGCCCACUAUGGAAGCUGGGGAGGCUGAAUCACAUUGCCAUAGCUGUCCCUGAUAUGGAGAAAGCCACAGCUCUAUAUCGGGACGUCCUGGGGGCCACAGUGAGUGACAAAGUGCCCCUUCCUGAGCACGGGGUCUACACAGUGUUCGUGGAGCUCGGCAACACUAAGCUGGAGCUGCUCCAUCCUCUGGGGGAGAAGAGCCCCAUUGCUGGAUUCUUGCAGAAGAACAAGUCCGGAGGGAUGCACCACAUUUGUAUAGAGGUGGACGACAUUAACUCUGCGAUAGCCGACCUGAAAGCAAAGAACAUCAGGACUCUGUCAGCUGAGCCACGGAUAGGAGCUCACGGGAAACCAGUGAUGUUUCUCCAUCCUAAAGACUGUGACGGAGUGCUGGUGGAGCUCGAAGAAGCAUAGACUUCUCAAUCUGACAGAGAAUGUGUGAACUGAUAUUUCAUAUUUCUAUUUUCUGAUCAGAAAUGAUGACUGUUGACUUUGUAUUAUUUUCUUUAAAGCGCUUAGGUUUUGAUCUUCUCAUUUCAAAAAGGUGCCUCAGAUUUGUCCUUUCAGUCCUGUUUUUGGGUUGUGAUUAACUUUUUUGUUCUGCAGGAAAUAAAUGAUGUUGUGUGUUUGACAAAUCUAA